UCCCUGUCCGUCCUCCUGUGUGCGGCGCCGCCGCUGCGCACAGGCCACAUCUCCUUGCCCUCCUCGACAUCUCCGGCCAAGGCGCUCACUUCUCCGGCCCUCCUCCACAUCUCCUCGCCUCCACCCCAUCCACUUCCUGUCGAAGACUGCAGCAACGGAGCUCGGCGGCUGCGGCCCUUCUCCAAGACUGCAGCAUGGUGCUCGGCGGCUGCGGCAACGGAGCUGAUGGAGCGCGAGCCGACCAGUUCAACGGAGGCAGUAGCACGGGGCAGCGGCAGCAGCAUGGAGGGCGUCCGCUUGACUGGAAAGAGAAUGUAUUUGUUGAUAGUGAGAGUGAGGAUAAUGAUGGGGUGAGUGAGGAUGGGGAAGAUGCUCCAUCCAUGCAUGAUCAGCAAGAGGCGCAAAUGCAAGUGGAAAAAGAGACACAAAUUCAAGUGGAAAAGGACGCACCUCCAAGAGAUGGCAAUUUGGAGACCCGUAGAUCUGUACGGCUUGUCAAGAAGAAGACCAAGGGCGUCAACAGCCUAUACCCUGUUGCUUAGAAAUCUGUUGGCAUGUCUCUUCUUUCUAGUGU